AUGGGGUGCUCGGGCGGGCUGCUGGGACCCGCCGGGGCCGGCCGCGAUCGCUUGCUCCUCACCAUGAUCCGUCUUCAUUCACCUACUCUCUUCUCUUGCCUGCCCGGGCCCUGCGAAGCCGCUGACCCCGCUGCGCUGCCCGCGGCCCGGCGCGCGCCGCGGGGCCGGGGGGCGCGGGGGCGCGGGGGCGCGGCCGAGGGGGCGCGGGGGGGCGGGCAGGCCGCCGGUUCCCCCAGGCCAUUCAUCGUGGGCGUGAAGAAGGGCGGACGCGGGGCGCUGCUCGAGUUCCUGCGGGCGCACCCCGGGGGUGCGGGCGUGGGCGCGGAGCCCAUUUCUUCGAACAGGUGCUACGAGAAGGUGCGCUGGUACAGGAGCCUGAUGCCAAGGACUCUGGAGGGGCAGAUCACCAUGGAGAAGACCCCCAGCUACUUUGUCACCAAGGAGGCCCCUCGGCGCAUCUACAACAUGUCCCGGGACACGAAGCUGAUCGUGGUGGUUCGGAACCCGGUCACCAGGGCCAUCUCGGACUACACACAGACCCUCUCCAAAAACCCCUCCAUCCCCUCCUUCCAGGCCCUGGCCUUCAAAAACACCAGCACGGGACUGAUUGACACGAGCUGGAGUGCGGUGAGGAUCGGGAUCUACGCCAAGCACCUGGACAACUGGCUGCAGUACUUCCCCCUCUCCAAAUUCCUCUUCGUCAGCGGGGAGAGGCUCGUCAGCGACCCGGCGGGGGAGAUGGGCCGUGUCCAGGACUUCCUGGGCCUGCAGAGGGUGGUGACGGACAAACAUUUCUACUUCAAUGAGACCAAGGGCUUCCCCUGCCUGAAGAAGCCCGAGGGCAGCAAACCCCGCUGCCUGGGCAAGUCCAAGGGGCGGCCCCACCCCAGGAUCGACCCGCAGGUGGUGCAGCGCCUGCGCGAGUUCUACAGACCCUUCAACAUGAAGUUCUACCAGAUGACAGGGCAGGACUUUGGGUGGGACUGA